AUGGCGGUUUCUUUCCUCUUAACGACAUUCGCGCUGAUUUGCUUGCACACUUCCGCGGCUGGAGCGGAAGAACCCAAGAUCCAGGGAGGAAACCCACGAUAUGCUACCGUUGGAUCCUGCAUCACAUUCACGUGCGUCCUGUACGGUAAUUUAACAGGGGGAGACACAUUAGUCAGAUGGAUUUACAACAACCAAAAGUUGACUAGCUGCGGCUGUGAUGAGGAUAAAAAAUUGACCGACCUCAUCCUCGGGAAUGAUACCUACAAGGCUUGCAGUUUGACCAUCGAUCCCGUAACAGAGUCAUCAGGAGGUCUAUACGAGUGCAAGGCACACUCCGUCGGUUUGGGGGUUAACGCGGCCGUGCAGCUCGUUAUCAAUGGACGAGAUAGCAAGCUGUACCUGCUGGACCCCUCCACCGGAGCUGUGCUGGACGAUCCCGAGUAUGGCCCCGUCUGCGUCCAGUCAGGCACCACGCGCCAAUUCGAGUGCAGGAUUCAAGACGCCAGACCUGGGGUCUGGAACUUCACGUGGAUGCUUGGCAAUCAGACGAUCACGUCCAAACGCCGGACACGAACCGGAGCUGGGCAGGUCAACGUGAGCCGCUCGCACAUCGUGACAAACCCUGGCAACGAGACUCGAGAACGUAACCUAACGUGCCUUGCAACGAGCAGUGAUCUGUCUCUAAAUGCCACAGUGCUGAUAACGUUUUGUGCAGAGUCUGAGUACGCAAAGACAGUGCUUCGGGUUCUCGUGAGUAUUUGCGUGACUGCGACGAUUGCUACGAUAAUUACGCACAUCCUCCUCUGCAAACACUAUGGAUACAUCUGA